AUGUCAGAAUCGAAAACGAGGAUGCCAGAUGUCUGCUCAGCCAUUGAAGAUGAUUUGUGUACAUUACUGCAGGCUUUCAAGGAGAAAGCCAGCUUGAGGCUCGUCAAGUUUUAUGAAGUGGCUGCCGAUUAUCACUUGCAGGAUGUGUAUGCUGGUCGUCUUAAUGUUGCUGAAUAUCUUGAGUUUGCCGAAUGCUACCUGCGUUCAGCGUUCGCGUACACAGGUGAAGGAAGUUCGGAAACACCUAGGAAUAUUCUGGAACGCGUUUUUGGCAUCUACGUCACUUAUUUCUUGUACUAUGGUCAGGCUUCGGAUUAUCUUGUCAAGAUUCCAACAAAUUGCUCCGACCUCGACCUUCUACUUAAUUUUGUCAAAUCAACUCUAAUACCGUAUCGGCAUUUGGACGCUGUUGGCUGUAUCUACAAGCUUGUCCACGAUGAUGCUUUCGCUAUAAUGCCGUUUCAUAAUGAUUUCGAUCCGGCAACGCAGAAGAAGUACUAUUCAAGUACCAAGAAGGAUGGAGAAAAUCAUGAUCAGGAAAACUAUGUGCCACUGGAGAUAACAAGAUCAAUUUUGGAGGGCCCGGUGUUCAAGACUGAACCCCAUGCCGAAGUGAAAACUGAAGAAGCGAAUGAUGAAAAUCUAGGGAAGUCUCGGUCGUCAAUAAGAGAUCGAGCUUUCAACUCCGUAAUCAGUUUUUGUCGAGGAAAGCGAGCCAUUCAUUCCGAGGACCAAGGUUGGUACUUUUCUCUGUUAAAUUCAAAUGUUAGGAAGAGCAUGCUGAUAACAGGACUUGAGCGAAAAGAAAGUGAACAAACAGACGGACAAAAAAGACAAAUUUUCCUUUGA